GAGUUGGACAAAGCUGACUUUGACUGAGUUGAAGAACUUGUGUGCAGCUUGUGGCCUCUCCGUAGAGGGUAAUAAAGAAGAGCUAGGUGAAAGACUACACUCUUAUUUUGACAAGAGAAAAGAUAAAGGGCCGAAGGCGCAGUUGAAGGGGAGUAAUAGAGGACAAGAACCAGGGCCCAAGAAUGCUGAUGAUAGGACAGGAGAAGAUGAUUUAGAUGAAGACUCCCAGGAAGCAGAUAAUAGGAUUAGAGAGGAAUUUGCAGCAUGUUUUAAAGAAAAAGAGAAAGUAAAGUCAGUUCCUGUUAACAUUUUUCUGUCUGCUUUAAGUAGUAUUAAAAGAAAGAUGAAUAGAAAUUUCUCUGCAUUGUAUAGGGAGAUUGAAGAUAGAGAUGGGUUAGAUGAAGCUUGGCUGAAAGUUAAAUUAUCAAGAUCACGUGACCAGCAUGAGUAUGAUUUUUUGGCAAAGAUUAGUAGACACUUGGAUAAGGAAAUCAGGAUGUUGCUAGAGUUUAAUAGGAAGAAAUUUGUUGGUGUGUGUAAGGAAGUUGAGUCAAGGGCUGUUACUCUGAGAUUAGCAGAUAACAGAGGAUGGGGUAUUGCGUUGCAGAUUGUAGAAAGUAAUGAUAAGAUGAUGGAGAAGUAUAAACACCGUAUACCUUUAUUUAGCCAGGCAGAGCAAUCUUCAUGCUUAUAUGAAUGGAGAAAAAAAGCUCGAAAGUAUUAG